CAGCAGCAGCACCACCACCAUCCGCAAUCCGAAAGAUUUCCGAUAAUUAUAAAAUUAUAAUAUAUUUUCUUCCGAAUUAAAGAAAACAAAAAAUGGAGAAAAAUGUGUCUGCUCAAUCCCCUUUGGAGAGGAACACCGUGGCUGCUCUUGACCAUAACCUCGCCAUCGCUAAACGUUGUGCUCAAGAGGGAGUUCUCGCUGGAGCAAAGGCAGCCAUUGUGGCCGGCUUUGCCGCUGCUGUUCCUACCAUGGCUAGUGUGAGGAUGCUACCAUGGGCAAGAGCUAAUCUCAAUCACACUGCCCAGGCUCUCAUCAUCUCAACCGCUGCGGGAGCAGCAUAUUUCAUUGUCGCGGACAAGACAGUGCUGAAGACGGCAAGGAAGAACUCGUUCAAGCAAGUCCAAGAAAUGGAUCACUUCUAAACUUUGUAAUCUUGCUAAUGAUGGGUUUUGCUUUUAAUUGUAUGUCUUAAUCUAUAAUUAAUUACUAUCUUAAGAUGCAAUUAAGAUAAUUCAUAAUCGUAAGAUCGUGUAAUGAAUGACAAUAGAAUCCAGUGGGUUUUAAUCUCGAA